CAUUUGAACUUAAAAAGCCCAUAAUCGAAAGGCAUACAAAUAUUUUGUUCAUUGGAAUUGGUAUCCAUACCCAAACAAUUGGCGAAGAUGAGCGAUGUACAACUCCCAAAGCAGAAAGUACACGUACUAGAAGGACACGCCGGAGCUGUUUUGGCGGCGAGGUUCAACAGCAAUGGGGAAUAUGCAUUGAGCUGCGGGAAAGACCGUACGAUCCGACUAUGGAAUCCUCACCGUGGAAUUCAUAUAAAAACUUAUAAAGCUCAUGGACGUGAAGUUCGCGACGUCCAUGUCACUCUGGACAAUUCAAAACUUUGUUCAUGUGGUGGCGAUCGACAAGUAUUUUAUUGGGAUGUCUCAACAGGUCAUGUAAUUCGCAAAUUUCGUGGCCAUGAUAGUGAGGUGAAUGCUGUGAAGUUUAAUGAGUAUGCUUCUGUUGUAGUAUCGGCAGGAUAUGAUAAAUCAUUGCGUGUUUGGGAUUGCAAAUCUCGCAGCACUGAACCAAUUCAGAUCAUUGAUACCUUUCUAGAUAGUGUAAUGUCUAUUUGUCUCACAAAAACUGAGAUAAUUGCUGGAAGUGUUGAUGGAACUGUUCGAACAUUUGACAUCAGAGUUGGUAGAGAGCUAUCUGAUAAUUUGGGUCAGCCUGUCAACUGUAUCUCUCUUUCAAAUGAUGGCAACUGUAUAUUAGCAAGUUGCCUAGAUUCAACUCUUCGGCUUCUAGAUAGGUCUAGUGGCGAACUAUUGCAAGAAUACAAGGGCCAUAUUUGCAAGUCUUUCAAAACAGACUGCUGCCUUACAAACAGUGAUGCACAUGUGGCUGGUGGCUCGGAAGAUGGCUAUAUAUACUUCUGGGACCUGGUUGAUGCAUCAGUUGUAUCCAGCUUCCGAGCUCAUGAUUUAGUGGUUGAAGUGUUGGUUCAACUUCCUAAGAUAGACCGCUCAGAAAGAACAGAGCAAGGUAACUAGCGUGAGUUAUCACCCGAAAGAAAACUGCAUGAUGACGUCUUCUGUAGAUAGCACAGUCCGAGUUUGGAAAGCAUGAGAUAUGGAACCAAAAGGCAUCUGAUCAUUUCCUGAUAAUCGUACAUGAAGAAAAUUGUGUACUCGAAUCAAAUCAGCAGUUUAUGAGAGAACAGAUUCGUCGUAACAAAGGUGUCAAUCUGGGGUUUGUACUUGCAAGUUGGUGAGCUUGAUUCUUUCCGUUUCAAGUUUGAAUUUCUAUUUAUGUGGUUCUGAUAUGUCUGUUGUAUUGUUACAGAAUUUUUUGAAACUCUGAUAUCACCUCCUCUCUCCCCCGGGAUGUAAUUGGGGAGGGUGGUGGUUAGAUAGGGUGAUGUAGAUUUCAGAGAAGAUGCUUGAAUCAUGUAUUAUUCAAAUCAAGCGCGAGUUACAUCAGUUAUGAGAGAUGGAGAGGCGAUAUCCUAAUUCAUCGGACCAGAUAUAGAAAUAGAUGCUCCAGCAAUGACAAUGAUUAACUUGAUUUGCUGUUUUCUUAACAUAUGACAGA